CCACCACGACCUCCUCUCCUUCUCCCACACGCACCUGCAGCCCAGCCAUCGCCUCCUCCCUCGGCUCGCACACCCUCCUUUGCACUCUCCAGCCCGCCGCGCGUCAUGCUGCACGGCGCCGAGUGGCUCGGCAAGAAGUACGCGUCGCUGGCGUCGGCCGGCGGCGCACAGAAGCAGGGCCUCGCCAACACCCUCGACACGCUCGCCGCACGCCUCGUGCGCCGCCCCGACGCCGAGCUGCCCGAUGUGCAGGAUCGCAAGGCUGCUGUCCUUGCGCUCAAGGGCCUGGCGCGCGACCACCCGCAGGAGGUCGGCACGCGGGCGCUGCCGGCGCUGCUCGAGACGCUGCAGCGCGACACGCUCUCGGAGCGCGGCGUCGAGGACGAGAUCGCGCGUGCCGUGCUCGAGGCACUGCUGGCCAUCGUCGACGCACCCAACGCCGAGCCAUCGCGGCCGGCGUCGCUGCCGCCGCACGCGCUCACCCACAUCGACGCCAUCCUUGCCCGUCCGGCGCCGCUGCACGCCCUGCUGCCCCUGCUCUCGCCGGCGCGCUCCUUCUAUACCCGCUUCGCCGCGCUGCAGCUGCUCGCAACGCUGACGCGCUGGCGCGCUCCCAGCGUGCAGGAGCACCUCCUCACCGCUCCCGGCGGCUGCGGCGCCGUGCUGCAGUGCCUCGCAGAGGGCAGCGGCUCGUCGUCUGAAAUCGUGCGCAACGAGGCGUUGCUCCUGCUGCCCCGCCUCGUGGACAGCAACGCCGACAUCCAGAAGCUCGUCGCCUUCGAAGGCGCCUUUGAGAAGCUGAUCGAUGUCGUUGCAGCCGAGGGGCGCAUCGAAGGCGGCCUGCUCGUGCAGGACGCGCUCGAGGGCCUCGAGAGUCUGCUGCGAUGGAACGUCUCGAACCAGAACUACUUCCGCGAGACGCUCUCCGUGCCGCUGCUGGCGCCGCUGCUCUACUUUCCAGCCCCGCCGCCGGCCACCGGCUUCUCGUCGCGCGCCGCCGAGCAGGAGCACGCCCGCCAGCUCGAGGCCUUUGCCUUCCAGUCGUGGGACGAUGAGGAGGUCAUGCCUGACGGGGCUGAUGGCGUAGAGCCGCCAAAGGCGCUGCGCGCUGAUGACGGGCAGAAGGCGCGCAACGCCGCGCUCGUGCUUGGCAUUGCGCGGCUGCUGGUCGAGGGUCAGGGCGAGGGACGUCGGGCGAACCAGAACGCGCUUCUGAACGCAGGCUUCACCCGCUGCCUGCUCGAGCUGGCGCUUGCGUCGACCGCGCCGCUAGGACUCAAGGCGCAGGCGCUGAGCGUCCUGACGUCGCUGCUGCACUCGUCGCGGGCGAACCAGGACCUUCUCUCUUCGCUUCUCAUCUGCCCACUGCUCGCUGUCGACGCUCCCCCAGCAGAGGAGGGCGCUCCUCCGGCGCCGCUGGUCUCCUACACUCGCCUGCCAGCUCGGCCUGCCGUGCUCGUGCUCAUCGAUGCGGCCAUCUCUGGCGCGCCGCCAGCUGUGCUGCGCCAGUCGAGCGCUCCCGCUGCGCUGGCAUUCCGCACCGCCGCUCUCGGCGCCUUCGACGCCUUCGUCGCCGACAACCUGGACGCGCGCCACAGCAUCAUCGCGGGCAUGGUGCCUGAUGCCGAGGAGCAGGCACCUAGCGCCGGCGUGCUGCUGCUCAACAACCUGGCGCAGUUCCCUUCCGCGCCGCCUUCGGGUCGCUUCGACGCCUACCGCUCGCUCUUCUCAGCGCUGCUCUUCUCCUCGCUCGUGCGCGGCAGCGAGACUGCAAAGGGCUUGGCGCGCGAGAUCCGCUUCGGCGCCGAGGGCAAGGUUGUGGGCCGCAACGCCCAGCCUGAUGCCGACGACGACGAGGUCAGCCUGCUGCACGUGCUCGUCGGCAACCUCAUGCUCUCGGAGCGCGAGCGCGGCGAGGCCAUUCGACGCGAGCGCAACGCCACUGCUGGCGCAGGAGCUCCUCCAGCCGAUCUCGGCGGCCUGCCGAGCAGCACGGACUGGACGCGCAUUGCCGUCGGCUACCUCUCGCUGCUUGCACAGUGGCUCUGGGACUCUCCGGCAAGCGUCGCAGAUCUACUCUCGGAGAGCUCAAACGUGCAGACGCUCGUGCAGCCCGCGGCUCAGAGCGGCGGCGGUGUCGAUGCGCUCGUGGCUUCGCUCUGUGCACUCGUGCUGGGCGUGGCGUACGAGUUCGCGCCGCACGACAAUGCCGAGUGCGUCACACGCGCCACGAUGCACCCCUUGCUCGUCUCGCGCAUUGGCACCGACCAGUUCGCCGCGCGCCUGGCGCGCCUCCGCGAUGAUGUGCGCAUCAAGGAGACCUCGCCGGAUACCUUUGAGACUGUGGCAGCUGCUCUGGCCGGCGAGGUGGGCGAGGAGGGCAUCUGGUUCGACUGGCCGUUCGUCGAGUGGCUCAAGAACAACUUCGUUCGCGUGCAAAAGUCGAUCACCAUCGACCCGGCAUCCUCCUCAGAGACGCUGGCUGCUGCGCCGGCAGAGCUGCUGGAUGCACAGCGGCAAGCUGAGCAGCUCCGCGAUACCGCCUCGCGGCAAGCUCGCGAGCUGGAGGCGCUCGAGGCACGGCUAGCUGAGCUCACGCGGGUGGCCGAAGAGGAGCGCAAUGCUCUCACGACGCAGCUCGCUGCCCUGACCGCGGAGCGCGAGGCGGCCGCUGCGAGCAACGCAAGCAACGCGACGCCGCAAGCCGAUCUCGAGGCCGCCCUGGCCGACGCACAACGAGCAAAGGCUGAUGCCCAGCAAGACGCUGCUGCCGCGCGAGAGGCCGAGGAGCAAGCUCGCCAGGCAGCUGCUGCAGCGGAGGCAGCCCUCGGCGCAGCCACGAGCCGGACAGCAGAGGUCGAGGCCCGUGCAACAGAGGCUCAGAGCCUCGCCCAAGCAGCCGAGGCUCGCGCAGCGGAGGCUGAGGCGCGCGCGGCGGCCGCACAGGCGGAGGCUGCAGCACGGCCAGCGCCAGUCGCAGCUCCGGCCGCUGCCGCCGCAGAGCCGGAGGAGGACGGCGCGCGGUCACGCUCCGAGCUCGAGAAAGAGCUCGAGGACCUGCUGGUCCUCCUCGACGACCUCACGCAGAAGCGCGUCGCUGACAAGGCCAAGAUGCGCGCAGCCAAUCUGGAGGUCAGCGACGACGAGGCAGACGACGACGACGACGAUGAGGACGACGAGUGACGGACGUGGCUCGAGCAAUGCCAUGGCAGUCACCGGAGCCCACGUGUGUGACAGGCGCUUCACUCGAGGAAGAGGCAGAAAUCAUGGCAGUUCUAUG